AUGCGGUUUUCAUCUCCAGUUGCGUUGGCCUUUGGCCUGGCAUGCGUCUCAAAUGCCGCUUCCAUUCUCUUCACGGAUGCUACUAUUAUCGCUUGGAACAAUGAGAAUUCUCGGAUCGAAGUUCUGCACAAUUCCUCGCUUCUGAUUGAGGGCGAUGAGAUCAAGGAGAUUUACCGGGGCACCACCCCCGAUUCCAUAUCCAAUGAUACCGAGACAAUCGAUGCAACUGGCAAGAUCAUCAGCCCGGGAUUCAUCGACACGCACCACCAUCUCUGGCAAACAGCAUUCAAGACCAUUGCCUCCAACACCACGCUAGCCGAGUACUUCCAACGGUACGGUGAAUUCGGGCCCUCAAUCCAGAACUUCUCUCCCGAAGACAAGUAUCUGGGUCAGUUGACCGGCAGUCUGGAAUGCAUCAAUGCAGGGACGACGACGGUGCUGGACCAUGCGCAUGGAGACUCGGAUGAUGAGACUUCGGAUGCCAUUUUCAAUGCUACAUUGGACAGUCGAUUGAGGACUGUUCAUGCAUAUGCGAUUCAUGAGCUGCCUAACAAUUACACACUUGAGGAACAGAUGAGGAAACUUGUAGCACUAAAGCGGGAUCCUCGUUUGUCCAGUAAUUCGCUUGUUACAGUUGGUCUGGCAUUUGAUGCUUUUGAUAACAGUCCUAGCGAUUUGAUCCAGCAACUUUGGGACAUUGUACAAAGAGAAAACCUCUCCGCAGUAACCACACACACCCUCAGCGGCCCCUGGGCCAUCGGCAACACGCCCUCCCUCCUCAACACGCUCGGCUGGCUCAACACCUCCACCCCCGUCAUCUUCUCCCACGCCUCCUUCAUCACCCCCUCCGACUUCACCGCCCUCCGCCACACAAACCAAUACAUUUCCACAACCCCCGAAUCCGAACUACACUACGGCCACCUCCACCCCCCUUCCACCUCAUCACCCGCGCCGGCGCCCUCGCCCUCCGCCGCCCGGAUCUCGGCAUCCUCGCGCGCGGCACAAAAGCCGACGUCGUCGUCUUCGACGGCGACAGCCCCGGCAUGCUGGGCUGGGAGGACGCCGUGGCCGCGCUGA